UCAACAGAAAGAAAAAGAGCAAAAAAGAAAAAAAAAACGAACAAACCCCAGUUUUGCCGUCCGCCGAUCCCCGUGCUCCGAUCUCGAUCUUCUCGGCCCCCGCCGCCGCUCGUUGCCGGCCGCCGCCGCCAUGAACUACAUCGUCGGAGCGUUCAAGCCGCCCUGCGACAUCGCCAUCACCUUCUCCGACGCCCGGUCCCGGAAGCAGAUUGCGGUCAAGAAUGACAGCGGCAGGACGGUGAUGGUGCCGAUCUUCCAGAGCCUGGAGACCAUAUCCGGGGAGGUGUCGGUAGCGCCGGUUCCAGGCAAGAGGAUCGAGCACUUGGGUGUUAAGAUCGAGUUGCUGGGUCAGAUAGAGCUUUAUUUGGACCGAGGCAAAUUCUAUGACUUCACCUCAUUGGUGCGUGAGCUAGAUAUUCCUGGUGAAAUUUACGAAAGAAAAACAUAUCCGUACGAGUUUUCCACUGUUGAAAUGCCUUAUGAAUCUUACAAUGGAACAAAUGUCAGAUUGAGAUAUGUUUUGAAGGUCACGAUCACCCGAAACUAUAUGGGCAGCAUUGUGGAAUCCCGCGAUUUCUGUGUAAGAAAUUACUCUCCUGCUCCCACAAUCAACAACAGUAUCAAGAUGGAAGUGGGGAUUGAGGAUUGCUUACAUAUUGAGUUUGAAUACAGCAAAAGCAAGUACCAUCUCAAGGAUGUGAUUAUUGGGAAGAUCUACUUUCUUCUUGUCAGAAUAAAGAUUAAAAAUAUGGAAUUAGAGAUACGUCGUAGGGAAUCAACAGGAGCAGGGUCUAACGCAUAUGUUGAGACUGAAACUCUUGCGAAGUUUGAGUUGAUGGAUGGUGCUCCUGUCAGAGGAGAAUCCAUUCCUGUGAGGCUAUUCUUGACGCCUUACGAGCUGACCCCUUCUUAUCGCAACAUAAACAACAAAUUCAGUGUCAAGUACUACCUGAAUCUUGUCCUUGUGGAUGAGGAAGACAGGAGGUACUUCAAGCAGCAAGAGAUCACUAUUUAUCGCCUUCUAGAAACCCCCCAGGCUUCCUAGAUUCCAAUUUCGAGCGGCAAGAUGCAUCUUCGAGUUUCAGGUCUGUACAAGCGAGUAUCGAGGUUAGAGCAUAUGUAUAUAACUCCAGAAGAGCUCAGCAGUUCACUAGUGCCCAUUGCGCUGGUCUCCAAAUUGCAUUUCGUUUUCUGUAUCUUGUAGUCCUGAGGUGGAGUAUUUGUGCAUUAGUUACCCGUAUGUUUACUUCUAUGCUGUGUAAGAAAUCUUGCGAAAGACCAUGUGUUGAUAUUUCACUUCUAAUUGAUGUUUUAUGGUGAAAUAUAUGUUUUGUGAAGUGACCUGAUAUCAAUUUUAAAUUUCACUCAGGAGCAUGAGUGUAAUAUGAAUCAGUCAAACUAAUUUGAUAUG